AUGGAUAAAUCUUGGAUGCAUGCUGAUAGAAGAUCACGGGCAUUUGAGUUAGGGGUUGAAGAAUUAAUUCAGUUUGCAUUAGAGAGUGGUUACAAUGUUAAUAAACUUUGCUGUCCUUGUAUGAAUUGUGAACACAGUAAAAGUUUGAAGGCUGGGGUAGUGAAGGAUCAUCUAGUUGAGUUUGGUAUUGAUAAAACAUACACAAAUUGGAUAUGGCAUGGGGAAAAUGUGUCAAAUGUGAGUGUACCCAAAGAACAUUCUGAAACUGUAGAACAGAAUCCCAUAGGCAUAGGGCAGAAUGACUACAGUAUGGGGGGGUCCGAUAAUGAGGAGUUUUCAGAAGACUCCGAUGAAUUUUUAAGGUUUGUUGAGGAUGGUGAUAAACCUCUUUACCUUGGUUGUACGCAUUUUACAAAGUUGAAUGGACUUGUUAAAACAUACAAUCUGAAAGAAAAGCAUGGGUUAAGUGAUGCUUGUUAUUCCGACAUGUUGAUACUCAUUAUUGGAAUGUUGCUUCCAGAAGGUAAUGAAGUCCCCGGGUCUUUCUAUGACGCCAAAAAGACUUUAUGUUCAUUGGGAAUGGAAUAUGAAAAUAUACAUGCAUGUCCUAAUGACUGUAUCUUAUAUAGGGAUAGUAAUGUUGAUGCCACUACCUGCCCUACUUGUGGUCCCUCUAGGUGGAAGUUGGGUAAGAAUGAAAUAGAGAAAGUAGGGGUUCCGAGGAAGGUUUUGUGGUAUUUUCCACCUAUACCAAGGUUUAGGAAGAUGUUUCAAUCAGUAAGUACAGCUAAAAGCUUGACAUGGCAUGCUGAUGAGCAACUAAAUGAUGGUAAAAUGAGGCAUCCUGUUGAUUCCCCUACUUGGAAGUUAGUGGACGAUCAGUGGCCUGCUUUUGGUAUAGAGCCUAGGAAUUUAAGGCUAGCGCUAUCGUCCAACGGUUUCAAUCCCCACAGUUCUCUUUCUAGUAGAUACUCUUGCUGGCCUGUCAUACUAGUAAGCUAUAAUCUUCCCCCAUGGCUCUGCAUGAAGAGGAAGUAUAUGAUGCUAACUUUGUUAAUCUCUGGACCUAAACAACCUGGAAAUGAUAUUGAUGUCUACCUCCAACCGUUAAUAGAUGAUUUGAAGACUUUGUGGGAUGGGGUUCAAGGGGUAUAUGAUAGUUAUAGAAAAGAUUACUUCACAUUGAAAGUAGUAUUGUUCUAG